AUGGCGCUAGGCCAGCAGCUCGACUUGCUACUCGCCCACUUGGAUCUCGCUACUCUGCGGACCGUCGUGCUCGGCGCUGCUCCCCUCCUCCUCCUCUGGCUUUACCUGCGGUUCUUUCACGUACCGGCAGCUGAGCGCGCUGUUUGCUUCCGCUGGACGUCUCCAACAGAGAUCAAGCCCGACUUCUCCUCCCGAAGCCUCGAGCAUCCCUCCAUACACGCCCAUCUCGACGAUCCUUCCCUCCUGCCACCUCAGGCAAACGACACACACGCCUACAUCACCUGCUACGCCCCCGCAUCCGCCCAGCACCUCGCCACGAUCCCCUCCCUCUCCUCUACCGAAAUCAGCGAACGAAUCUCGAAGGCUGCCGAGGCGCAGAAGUCCUGGCGGAAUAGCUCUUGGGCUCGGCGGCGACGGGUACUGAGAAGCUUGCUCGAAUGGACGGUCAGGGAGGCGGAGGAUUUGGCGAAGAUUGCGUCGAGAGAUUCGGGAAAGACGAUCGUCGACGCGGCGUUUGGCGAGAUCCUCACGACGUGCGAGAAACUCCGCUGGCUCAUCGCAAACGCCGAAGAUUCGCUUCGACCCGACUAUCGCCCGACGAACCUCAUCCUCGCGCACAAGGUCUCGAAAGUCGUGUACGAGCCGCUCGGCGUGGUCGCAGCCUGCGUCUCGUGGAACUACCCUCUGCACAACGCACUGGGCCCGAUGAUUGCCUCGCUCGCGACUGGCAACGCCAUAGUCCUCAAGCCAUCUGAACUUGUGGCCUGGUCCUCCCUCGUCUUCGCACAGGCGGUGCGGGACUGUCUUGAGGCUUGCGGCGAGGACCCUGAGCUGGUACAAAUCGUCGUCACGCUACCCGAGACGGUCGAAGCGUUGACAGGCGAUCCUCGCAUUGAGCACAUCACCUUCAUCGGCUCGGAGGAAGUGGGCAAGAAGGUCGCGCUCAAAGGAGCAGAAGUCGGGACACCUGUCUUGCUUGAGCUGGGCGGGAAGGACCCUGCCGUGCUCUGCCCGUCAGCAGACAUCAGAACCUUUGCCAAUACCUGGAUGCGGGCGGUCUUCCAGUCUGGCGGUCAGAACUGCAUCGGUACCGAGCGCUUCAUCGUCCAUUCCUCAAUAUACGACGAGUUCGUCGACACGAUGACCCGCCGCGUUUCCGACCUCAAGCUAGGCGACGUCCUGGCGUCCGACACCGCUGCAAAGCGGAUCGACGUCGGUGCGAUGGUCUCCGGCAGACUGUUUGACCGGCUCGAAGGGCUCAUUGCGGAUGCAGUGAAGGCCGGCGCGAGGUGCCUGGUGGGCGGGAAGAGAGCGAGCGGCGUUGGGCCAGGACACUUCUUCCAGCCUACGCUUCUUGUUGACGUCACGCCCCUGAUGGCUGUCGCCCAGCAUGAGAUCUUCGCGCCAGUCAUGACGGUCAUGCGGUACGAGACGCUCGAAGAGGCGAUCGAGCUCGCGAACGGGACGCGCUACGGACUCGGCGCGUCGGUGUUCGGACGGGAUCAGGGAGAGUGCCGGUACGUGAUGAAGCGGCUCGAAUGCGGGAUGGUUUGCUCAAACGACUUCGGCGUCUUCUACCUGAACCAAGCCCUCCCAUUCGGCGGCGCAAAAGCGUCCGGCAACGGCGGCCGCUUCGCAGGAGCGGAAGGUCUGCGCAGUCUCUGCAACAUCAAAGUCGUGACGGAAGACCGUUGGCACGGCUGGAUCCAGACGACAAUCCCGCCGCUUCUCGCCUACCCGAUCACGAGCGGGCGCGGCGCAUGGACGUUCGUAGAUGGGCUGGUGAAGCUCGUGUAUGGGCGCGACUUGCGGGAAAGGGCGAGCGGAGUGUGGUCGCUUUUGAGCGCGAAGUAG